AUGGGCCCCAGAUGCCCCCCCUCGGCGGUCCUCGCCGAAGAAAAUGCGCACACGUCCGAGCGAUGCCAAGACAAGAAGGGUGAGCAGGAGGAGGAGGAGGAGGAGGAGGAGGAGGAGGAGGAGGGACGCCGCCGCCCGAGCUGUGGAAGGCCACGUCGACACUGGGCGCGCGGGGCGCGGACAGCGACAGCGGCCAAGGCUAGGCCGGAGGGGAAGGAUGCCAAGGGUCGCCUCGGAAAGUUGCGCGUCCUUGCUGUGUGGGGCGAUACUUUGGACAAGGCUGCCAAGCUCAGUUUGGCGCGGCAUGCACAGAAGAAGUACGCGGCAGGAGGGGAGAGGGGCAGUUUCCACCGUCCUCCACAUCCUGGCGCAUUCCCUCGGCACUGCUCCGCCUGGCGACCCAGCGAUCUCUCGAGCCCUCCCGCACCGCCUUGCUUCGCCCUCUCCGUCCACCCGGGGCCAACGUAUUAG